ACCUCUCUCUCUCUCGUCUCUGCUCCAUAGCAACGACCUCUAGAUCGGUGUGUACUAUGAACUAGAAACCGACUGAUGCUCUCUCCUUUCAAAUCUCGGAUUCUGCAACAUCCCAUCGCAAUAUAAUAUGGUGUGUUUUUAUUUUGUGAAGCUGGAGCAGUGAGUCGGCUGUGUCUGGAAUUAUGCGUAAUUGAACUUAGUUUUUUUUUGCUGUGUCUGGUAGUUACCUAAGCGCAUGCAUCUCGGUCUCAACUUGGAAUCUCACACCAGCAAGGAACUAUCAUUCGGUGAUCAAGUAGAUCGAUCAAAUAAAUGAGGAUUGAGAACAGUGACAGUGUAUUGAUUUUAUCAUUGGAGACAUUUUAAUCAACGCUUCUUAACGAUGUUACAAAUUGGAGACGAAGUGUAUUUCUCAGCGGUAUUUCUGCUGGUUCUAUUCGGGACCAGGAGCGCGAUUGGAGCAUCGGCCGUCACCGCAUCCAUUUACGUCUUUAUCGUGAUGUUUCGGUUCCCACAAGUGCCGGCUGACCAGGCAAGUCAGGUGCUGCGGCCCACUGGCCUUGCGAGCGCCGGCGUCCCGGUUGUUGCGCACCGGGCAGGGGGACACGAUGCUCCGGAGAACACCAUUGCAGCGAUCCGAGAGGCCAGCAGGAAUGGAGCCACAGGGGUGGAGCUGGACUUGUGCUUCACUGCAGAUGGAGAGGCAGUGCUGAUGCACGAUGAGACGGUGGACCGCACCACCAACGGGACGGGAGCGGUGGACACGCUGCGUCUGGCAGAGCUCAGGACGCUGGACGCCACGGGAAAACACAGGCUCAGGGAGAAGUUCAAGGGGGAGAGGGUGCCAACGCUUCAGGAGGCAGUGGAGGAAUGCAUCAACCACCAGCUGACCAUCUUCUUUGAUGUCAAAGAUCAACCUGAUAAGGCAGCUGCAGCCCUAGGAGAGAUGUAUCACAAACACCCUGUCCUCUACAACUCCAGCAUGGUCUGCUCCUUUCAACCUAAAGUUAUCUACAAGAUGCGCCAGGCGGACCCUGGGGUGGUCACGGCCCUGACCCACCGGCCCUGGAGCCUCAGUCGCUAUGGCGAUGGAACACCCCGGUCCCUGUCAACGUGGACAAACUAUUGGCUGGGAGUUCUGGAUGUGCUGCUGGACUGGGCCCACCAUCACCUGCUGUGGAACCUGUGUGGCGUCUCAGCCAUCCUCAUGCAGAAGGACUUCAUCUCCCUAGACUAUGUCCAGUACUGGGCAGAGCGAGGGGUGGAGGUGGUGGGCUGGACCAUCAACACGGCCGUGGAUAAACAGUACUACCAAGAUGUCCUGAAGAUCAGCUACAUCACUGACAGCCUGAGGGAAGACUGUGAGCCUCACUACUGACUGACACACAACACACACACAGUUCUAGACUACUACCUAACAACGUGUAGUUGUACAAGGACUCAGACCUCACUAUCAUAGGGAAUAUGACUAUGGAGUAUGAAUGUACAGGACAGUACACAUCC